AAUAUCAAAGAUGUGACCUAUUCCAAACAACAAUGGUUACACAUCUAUUUCAUUGUUUAAUCAAAAUUAUUGCUAGGGACAAUUUUCAUAGAAUAUAAUAGGAACGCUAUAGAUAGAUAGAUAGACAGAUGGAUAGAUGUGGGUGUGUGGUUUGUAAUGAAUGAGGUGUUUGUAGUGAAUGGGUUCUUCACAUGAUGCUGAUGCUGAGAUCACAGUGACUGUGUGUCUGGAGUAGCAUCUCAUCAUCCUCCUCCUCCUCCUCCUCCUCCUCAUAAGCAGCAUCAUCAUCUUUAACCCGGUCGAGCUCUCGCUCACCGGGUCAGAUGCGUCCGUCCGCUCCGGUUCGAGUCCGCGGGCGAGCCGUGCAGCGCUGCUCCCAUUUUGCUUGUAGUUUUCCGCAUUAUUUCCAGGUCAGAGGCUCGGCGCUUCCUGUGCGGCGCGUGCGGACUGAAGAUGGCCGCAGAUGGAGGCGCUCUGAAGGAUAUCAAUGAGAUUAAAUCGCAGUUCCGGACCCGGGAGGGAUUCUACAAGCUGCUCACCCUCUCGGACUCUCAGCAGCGGGCCGGGCUGCCGCGGGGUCCCUCGGCGGGCGUCACGGUGGGGCCGGGCGCGGGCGGCGGUGCUGGUGUUGGGCUGGUGCAGGGGCCCGGGUCCGCCGCCGCCGCCGCCGCCAACUCCUCUCCGGGCUUCCUGCCGCCGGUCCGGGUGUCGAUGGUGAAGCUGAAGCCGGAGGACCCGAGCGAGGACUCGGAGCGAGUGUGUUUCAACAUCGGCAGGGAACUUUACUUCUACACCUACACGAACAUCAAGAAGGCUGUGGAUCUCAGUAAGCCUAUAGACAAGCGCAUCUAUAAGGGAACUCAACCUACCUGUCAUGACUUUAACCAGUAUUCGGCCACGGCUGACAGCGUGGCUCUGAUCGUGGGAUUCUCCGCCGGUCAGGUGCAGUACCUCGACCCCAUCAAGAAGGAGACCAGCAAGCUCUUCAACGAGGAGAGGUUGAUAGACAAAUCAAAGGUGACGUGUCUCAAAUGGUUGCCCAAGUCCGAGAAUCUCUUCCUGGCGUCUCACGCCAGCGGUCACCUCUACCUCUAUAACGUGGAGCACCCGUGCGGCACCACCGCGCCUCAGUACUGUCUGCUCCGGCAGGGCGAGGGCUUCGCCGUCUACGCCUGCAAGACCAAGACGCCCCGAAACCCGCUGCUCCGCUGGGUGGUGGGGGAAGGAGGGCUGAACGAGUUCGCCUUCUCGCCCGACGGCGUUCACGUGGCCUGCGUCGGCCAGGACGGCUGCCUGCGCGUCUUCCACUUCGACUCCAUGGAGCUGCAGGGCGUGAUGAAGAGCUACUUCGGCGGCCUGCUCUGCGUCUCCUGGAGCCCCGACGGGAAAUACCUCGCCACGGGCGGAGAGGACGAUUUGGUGACCGUCUGGUCGUUCGCCGAGAGUCGCGUGGUGGCGCGCGGACACGGGCAUAAGUCGUGGGUCAACGUCGUCGCUUUCGACCCGUUCACGACCAACCUGGAGGACGAGGAGCCGAUGGAGCUCAGCGGCAGCGAGGAGGAUCUCCAGCAGGGGGCGCUGCACUUCGGCCGCGUGCGAACCAGCAGCACGCUCUCGCGCCUCUCGCGGCACAGCUCCAAAGGCGGCGCGUCGUCCGUGUCGUACCGCUUCGGAUCCGUCGGCCAGGACACGCAGUUCUGCUUGUGGGAUCUGACGGACGACGUUCUGUAUCCGCGGCUUCCGCUCUCCCGCGCGCUCACGAACACCUUCGGCCCUACCAUCCCGAGCAGCACGGCGUUGAGCGGAAGCGGCGGAGUCGAAGGUCACCACCAUCCCUCCAACCCUCAUCAGACGUCAACGUUGCCGCUGCCUUUGCCUCGCUCGCUGUCGCGCUCCAACUCCCUCCCGCACCCGGCCGUCGCCAACACUUCCAAGAGCCAGGGGGCGACGGAGAGCGGCGGGACGGGCGGGAGCGGCGGCGGCGGAGGAAGCGCGCCGUUUAGCAUCGGCCGCUUCGCCACGCUGUCGCUGCAAGAGCGCAAAUCGGACAAAUCCGGGGUGGGAGGGGAGAAGGAGCACAAGCGCUACCACAGCCUCGGGAACAUCAGCAAAAGCAACGAUAAGAUCAACGUAGCGCCGCGCAGCAACCGGCUAGAUGGCGCUAAAGUGCUGGGAACCACGCUGUGUCCUCGCAUGAACGAGGUGCCGCUGCUGGAGCCGCUGGUGUGCAAGAAAAUCGCCCACGAGCGGCUCACCGUACUCGUCUUCAUGAACGACUGCAUCAUCACGGCGUGUCAGGAAGGACUCAUCUGCACUUGGGCGCGACCCGGGAAAGCGCACCCGUCUCAGCCGCUGUCAGCACAGAACGGAAACUCUCCGAGCGGGACGGUGGUAUAGCCGAAGCCUCAUUCCCAGAGCUGAUUCCAGUGUCUGCAUCGGGAGCCAGUCGGUCACAGCGUUACCAUUGACCCGUCCACUGAUUUCCCACCAAACUACACGCUUGAGUUGCACACGAACGUAAAAACACACACACCGGGACCAUGAUGCACCGCUCUGACGCCGGCUCUCUCCUGCAGACAGACUGCGAGACUCUUCCGUGCAGAAACCCUGCUGGCCUCUUCUCUCGCCGCGUUCACUGCAAAAGCCACGGCCAUUUUAUUUCCUAUUUAUUUAUUUGAUCAUCAAGACUUCUAUUGUACAUAUUCAGACUACUCUAUAACGGCAGAGGACAUGUAUUGAAAUAAUGAACUCAGAUAAUUAAUAUAUGAAGAUCCUAUAUUGUACAUAGUGACAGAUGCAUUGAAUGUGGAUCGACGAGUUGUUGUUCUUGUGCGCUAGUGCUUCGUAAGUGACGAUCUGGCUGAGAAAGUGCAUCCUUUGCUUUGGCAUCGGGCCUGAACUGAGAGUUACGUGCAUUCGUUCGACCGCUAGACUCGAGUUUUCCGCUUCAUAGAUUACAGAUGCUACUAGAGAGGUCAGGUUAGUGUCGUCUAGAAAUGGUGUCACAUGGUAGGCAGGGUAUAUGAACCGUGAACGUGAGAUUUUAUAUAUUUACUAAGUUUUUGCUAAGCAAACAACAUCACCGCUGAAUGAAAUCGGACGAUUGUGCCAUUCUCACGUGACUGUUUAGAGCUAGUCCAACCUGGAAGCGGAUCUCUUGAAAUUUGCCUUGUUGAAGUCUACGGAAGCCCGUUUCCGCCACGGAAUAAAACAUAAAAAUUAUACUAUGACUUUUUCAUCUCUCAAUUCGGACUCUUUUUCUUAUAUCCCACAAUUCAGAUUUUUCCUCACAAUUGAGAAAACAGCAUAUAUAAGCUCAAAAAAAAAAAACUGAAUCAUGUGAUAUAAACAAAUAUUCUGUGGCGGAAAACAAAAAAAUAGAAUUGCGAGAUGUAGAGUCAGAAUUGUGAGAAAAUAAGUGUGAAUUGCAAGAUAUAAACUCAGAAUUCUGAAAAAAGGUCAAAAUUGCAGCAUAUAAACCCAGAACUCCAGAAAAAGUCAGAUAUGACAGAUAUAAAUUCUGCAGAAAAACUAAAAAGUUGUGAGACAUAAACUCAGAAUUCCGAAAAAAAGUAAAACUUGUAACUUGUAACAGAAAAGUAUAAUUGACAUUAUAAACUCAGAAUUCCAAAAAAAAGUCACAGUUGUGAGAUAUAAACUAAGAAUUCAGAGAUAAAACAUAAAAAUAUAAACUUAUAAAAAAAAUUCAGAAUUCUGAAAAAAAAGUAAAAAAUUGUAACUCAGAUUUCCAAAUUGACAUUAUAAUCUCAGAAUUCCGAGAAAAACAUAAAAGUUGCGAGAUAUAAACUCCAAUAUAUAUAAUAUCCAAUUUAUAAAUUUCAAAAAAAGUACAAAUUGUCACACAAACUCAGAAUUCCGAGGGGGAAAAAAAGAAUUCUGAAAAAGUAAUUAUUGCAAGAUGCGAGAUGCAAAGUAAAAAUUCUGAUGAAAAAAUAACAAUUGCGUGAUGUCAACUCAGAAUUAUGAAAAAAAUAAAAAUUGCAACAUGUAACCUCAGAAUUACAAAAAGUCAAUUCUGAGAUAAAAAGUCUGAACUGUGAGAUAAAAAGUCGCAAUAACCUUUUUUUUUAAUCUUUUUUAUUCCGUGACGGAAAUAAGCUUCCAUACAAGUUGGAUGUAAUAGAAGAGAGAAACUUCUCUGUCAUUUAAGCAACACAUUUAACUAUUGUAGCAUGGAGUAGGCGCUAUUCCUUACACCUGCUAUGCCUCUUGCAAAAUUUUGCACAUUUACAGGUUGAUUUUAGCUCAUUGGAGGGACCAUUUCAGGAGUCGGGAUCACUGAGAGCCAGUGUGACGUGUGUUUGUAGGGUUUUGUCAUGCAGACUUCUCAGAAGGUCAGUGUCGAAUCAUUUUUAUUGACCUUUGUCAGUCAGUUCGAUUCUUGCCAUAAAGCAGAUCAGUGCAAACCUGCGUUAACAAACAACGUGCAUUCAGUGUUUCUGACUGCUUCUGUAGAGGAGAAAUAUACUGUCAGUCAUUACAGUUCAAACAGUCACCAAAACCUGCUUCUCAAGCACGUUUUACAAAUGUUUUGAGUUUCUUUUGUGUUCCUGACACCUUAAGGAUGGAUUAUUUUCUCACACGCUCCUAUUUAAAGCAUCUAAAUACUCAAACCAACUGGGAAAGCAUUCAACUUGUUUGGAGAAGUUUGUGAUAAGCCAUAUUUGAGGGCAUUGAGUCUUUCUAGAAGUCUGCGAGGAAUAACACUACUUAAACUAGGUCUUUUAGGUCAUUGCACUGGUUUAAAUGUGGUUUGGCUGCUUUAGUGAUCCCGACAUGGACGUUUCUUCUCCUGGAGGCAGAACUUUGCUUGUAUUUUAGACAAAGGCCAAGCUACUGAACUCAUAUGCGAUCAUUCCCACGAAUUACAGAACACUACGUGAAAAAUUAAAAAACAAAACAAAACAGUGUUUUAGCCCUGACGGUAUGUAUGCUUAACACUCAGUUCUCAUUUUUUAUGUCUUUUUGUAACUUUAAGUGUUUAUUGUUUUUUUUUAAUCUCAGAUAUUUUGGGAUUUAUGUUUUGUACGGCUGUAGCUUUGUAAUUGUCUUUGCUGUUAACUGGACAAAUGCAAAUGGACCAAUUAGUGGAUGUUGGAACGUUUUGUGUAUUUUUGUUGUGCGCUUUUUAAUCUACUGCUUAAACGAUACCAUCCAUUAGGUUGUUUUUCUUGUUUUCUUUUCUUUUUUUUAGCAAAUGCAUUCAGUUCUGAAGGAUCUUUUGUCUUACUGUAGUAUCCUAACAGAUGACGGCAUCCAUCUGCGCACACUGAAUCGCUGUACGAGCUUCCCUUCCUCAUCAACGUAUGAAAAUGGAUGAUUCCGGUGUAACUUCCAUUCCGCCACAGUGCUUUUCUUUCAAAUCGAUUAUCUUCCACUGCAUGUGUUUUCAUUUAGCACACAGUUAUAUGCCUGAGUCUGGUGAUGUGGCCAACAAUAUCACAAUAUCCAGUUUGUAUAUGGGAAUCUGUUAUUAAAACAUCAAAUACUCAUGCA